UGGUGCCAAAAAAGUUGUGGACAACUGACGUAGAAAAUGAAAAUAGGUGUUUGUAGAUAUAGACUUAAGAAUAUUUCAAAUAAUAAGCUAGUUUGAAGGCACGGAAAUAUUAACAGAAACACUUAAAAGGAUGGGAAAAAUAAGACAGCUAAAGGUAUAACUUCGGAAAAUAUUCAUAUUUUGGAGCAGCAGAAAGAAGAAGAACCAGCAGAGAACCCAAUGGUAGAAAUACUGCCAGGGUUUGUUGUGACAGAGAAAUCUAUGAAGGAAAGUAUUUUAAGUGAGAUGCCUAUUUUAACCAGCUGCAGAGAUAUCAAGAAAUAUUGUAAAGAAUAUGCUUUAAUUUUUCUUACAUUAGUAAAUAAAACUGUUUAGAAAAUUUGACAUUCAUCGAAUGAAGAAAAGCAGAAAUUUAAUAAUAAUCCACAAGAAGAUAUAAUAUAGAAACUGUAGAAUUAUAUGCUCAGCUAAGAGUAAUGCAUACCACUGUUUCCUGUGACUAGAUAAAUAUUACCACAUUCCUUCCACAUAAAAGUAUGGAAGAUAGUCUACGCUUCUGAUAUCCAUGAUGUAUCUGGAUCAAAUUUAAUUUUAUUACUAAUUGAUACCAAUUUAAAAAAUCCUGGGAAGAAACUCCUUUUACUAUGAAGAAAGAUCACUAGCUGAAGCUAAGUUAUUGUAAGAAACCAGACGGUAUACAUGCCUCUGCACUUGAUAAAGUCAAGAAAGUUCUGUUAAAGUAUGAUAAAGGGGAAGAAAAUAUAAUAAAUAUACUAAAAGUAUACUAGAAGUAAAUAUACUAAAAAAUACUAAAUAUUGCGGAGGUAAUUCAGGUAAUCAUUACCUUUUGGAACCACAUGAUGUCGCUGUCUACCAAGAAGUUCUGGCGAGCCAAGACCCAAAGUCGUUCCUCUGACAGUAUCUGUCUCUGAAAGCCGGACAAUGGCAGACACCGCGGAAUUGGAUUAAUAGGCUGCAGAAAAUACAAUAGUUCAUCUUGAAACUAAAACAAGAUUUUCUGAUAGGAAACUAGUACUUAACAUGGUGUAUUCCUGUCGAGCAAACCCGGGAUCCCGGCGCCUGCUGCUCUCUCUUCUGCUCCUUGCAGCGUGGGAGGCGGGGAGCGGCCAGCUCCGCUACUCGGUCCCCGAGGAGGCCAAGCACGGCACCUUCGUGGGCCGCGUCGCGCAGGACCUGGGGCUGGAGCUGGCGGAGCUGGUGCCGCGCCUGUUCCGGGUGGCGUCCAAAGGCCGCGGGGACCUUCUGGAGGUGAAUCUGCAGAAUGGCAUUUUGUUUGUGAAUUCUCGGAUCGACCGGGAGGAGCUGUGCGGGCGGAGCGCGGGGUGCAGCAUCCACCUGGAGGUGAUCGUGGACAGGCCGCUGCAGGUGUUUCAUGUGGAGGUGGAGGUGAGGGACAUUAACGACAACCCGCCCGUGUUCCCAUUAGAAGAACAAAAGCUGUUUGUUUAUGAAUCCAGAAUGCCAGACUCACGCUUUCCGCUAGAGGGCGCGUCCGAUGCUGACAUUGGAGCUAACUGCGUUUUAACCUACAGGCUUAGCUCCAGUGAUUACUUCGCGCUAGACGUCAAUUCAAAGAACGACGAAAAUAAACUGGUUGAGCUUGUGUUAAGAAAACCCUUGGACAGAGAGGACGCUUCGGCACACAACUUACUGCUGACAGCCACGGAUGGAGGCAAACCUGAGCUUACCGGCACCGUUCAGCUGCUGGUCACCGUGCUGGAUGUGAACGACAAUGCUCCCACUUUCGAACAGUCUGAAUAUGAAAUAAAAAUAUUUGAAAACUCGGACAACGGAACAACAGUCAUCAGACUGAAUGCUUCUGAUCGGGAUGAAGGAGUGAACGCGGCAAUUUCAUACUCCUUUAAUAGCCUUGUUUCAACCAUGGUUACCGACCAGUUUAGCGUAGAUCCAAAUACUGGAGAAAUAGUGGUUCAAGGUAAUUUGGAUUUUGAACAAGUAAAUUUAUACAAAAUCCGCAUUGACGCGACGGACAAAGGUCACCCUCCGAUGGCAGGUCAUUGCACUGUGUUAGUGAGAGUUUUGGAUAAAAAUGAUAAUGCCCCUGAGAUUGCAUUGACUUCCUUAUCCUUGCCUGUGCGAGAGGAUGCUCAAUUCGGUACUGUCAUCGCCCUAAUUAGGGUGAACGACCUUGACUCAGGUGCAAACGGACAGGUGACCUGCUCCCUGACGCCCCACGUCCCCUUCAAACUGGUGUCCACCUUCAGGAAUUACUAUUCGCUGGUGCUGGACAGCCCCCUGGACCGUGAGAGCGUGUCGUCCUAUGAUCUGGUGGUGACUGCGCGGGACGGGGGCUCGCCUUCGCUGUGGGCCACCGCCAGCGUGUCCGUGGAGGUGGCCGACGUGAACGACAACGCGCCGGCCUUCGCGCAGCCCGAGUACACGGUGUUCGUGAAGGAGAACAACCCGCCGGGCUGCCACAUCUUCACGGUGUCGGCGCGGGACGCGGACGCGCAGGAGAACGCGCGGGUGUCGUACUCGCUGGUGGAGCGGCGGGUGGGCGAGCGCGCGCUGUCGAGCUACGUGUCGGUGCACGCGGAGAGGGCAAGGUGUACGCCUGCAGCCGCUGGACCACGAGGAGCUGGAGCUGCUGGGGUUCCAGGUGAGCGCGCGCGACCGCGGCGUGCCGCCUCUGGGCAGCAACGUGACGCUGCAGGUGUUCGUGCUGGAUGAGAACGACAACGCGCCAGCGCUGCUGGCGCCUCGGGCUGGCAGCACGUUUGGCGCUGUGACCGAGGUGGUGUCGCGGAUGGUGGGCGCGGGCCACGUGGUGGCGAAGGUGCGCGCGGUGGACGCGGACUCUGGCUACAACGCGUGGCUGUCGUAUGAGCUGGAGCGGCGGCGGGAAGCGCGCGCAGCCCGUUCCGCGUGGGGCUGUACACCGGCGAGAUCAGCACGACGCGCGCCCUGGACGAGGCGGACGCGCCGCGCCAGCGCCUGCUGGUGCUGGUGAGGGACCACGGGGAGCCCGCGCUGACCGCCACGGCCACCGUGCUCCUGUCGCUGGUGGAGCACCAGGCUCCGAGGCUCUUCGCGGGCGUUGGCGGUCCUGUGGGCCCGGAGGCGGCCCUGUGAUGUGAACGUGUACCUGAUCAUCGCCAUCUGCGCGGUGUCCAGCCUGCUGGUGCUCACGCUGCUGCUGUACACGGCGCUGCGGUGCUCGGCGCCGCCCAGCGAGGGCGCGUGCGGGCCGGGCAAGCCCAGGCUGGUGUGCUCCAGCGCGGUGGGGAGCUGGUCACACUCGCAGCAGAGGCGGCAGAGGGUGUGCUCUGGGGAGGGUCCGCCCAAGGCCGACCUCAUGGCCUUCAGCCCCAGCCUGCCACCGUGUCCAGGAUCAGGGGAUGUAGGCGAACAGCAAGAUUUAAAUAUCGAUCCUGAC